AUGAAUUAAAAAAGUAUAUUAUCUCAUAUUUUUGAUAAUCCUUUUAAUAAGCUAAAAGUUGGAGCAGCAGCAAAAAAAACUUAGAAUAAGGAGGCAUUAAGAUUAUACAGAGACAUUUUAAAGUUUUCAAUUGAAUUCGAUUGGGCUAACAAAAAUGGAGAGAUUUGGUAUAAAGUUUAACUAAAGCAAAAGGAGAGACAUUAUUAGAAAGAGUGCUAGAAAGGAAUUUGAAAUAGCUAAAAAUGAAUAAGAUCCAUUUAUGGUCAUGAGAAUGAUAAUGACAUCUAGGGAAGCAAUGCAAAAAACAAGGGAGAAAUUGAAUGAGGAAUACUUUAAAUUAAAUACCACUUUUUCAGAAAGAACUAAAAUAAAUGAACAAAAUAAAUGUGAAUGA